AUGGAGCACCAGACUUCUGGCAUCUGGUUAUGGUUGGCCUUGAUGCUUUCUUUCUCAAGUGCCUAUGACAUUAUUCCAGGUAAACCCAUCGACCACACUAAGUCCAUUUGUAGUUCAUGGGGGAACUUCCAUUACAAGACAUUUGAUGGAGUUAUCUAUCAGUUUCCUGGUACCUGCAACUAUAAUUUGGCUUCGCACUGUGAUACCUCCUACCAUGAAUUUUCUGUCCACAUCCAGCGCUCCAUAGAGAAUGGUAGCCCAUUAAUUCACCAAAUCCUUGUACAAAUCAAGGAUGUUACCAUUGAACUGAAGAGAGGUGCUAAGAAGGCGAACGGGGAAACCUUUCAGACGCCUUACUUUAACUAUGGAAUUUUCAUAAACAAGAAAGAUGGCUACACAAAGGUGAAUACAAAGAUUGGUCUGACUCUCACAUGGAAUCAAGAAGAUUCAGUUAUGUUGGAGGUGGAUUCCAAGUAUAAUGGCAAGCUGUGCGGCCUCUGUGGGGAUUAUAAUGGCAUGCCAGUCACUAAUGAAUUUUACCUGAAUGAUAUGCCACUCAACCCUAUCCAGUUUGGAAAUAUGCAAAACAUUAAUGAUCCAACUAUGACCUGCACAAAUGUAGAUGAGAGUCAGCAAAUGAAUGUUUCCAGUUGUGGGCAAUAUGUAAGUAUAUGUACAGUACAUGUAUAUGUACACAAUAUGUGCAUGUAUUUAGCCACUAUUUAUAAUAUGCUAUACAAGUAUUUGUGCAAUAUUUAUGAUAUAAUACUUAUUCUUAUAGGGUACUCCGUGUGCAAGAGUUACCUCAGCCAAAGUGCUUUUUCAUCAUGCCAAGAUCUUCUCGAUGUAUCAGAUUACACUAUGACCUGCAUGCUUGAUGUGUGCUCCUGUAGCAGUGGCAAUGUCUCAUGUCUAUGCAGCACAUUAACUGAGUUUUCAAGGCAAUGCACUCAUGCAGGAGGGCAACCACAGAAUUGGAGAACUGAUACCCUCUGUCCUAAGCAGUGCCCUGGGAACAUGGUAUACAAGGAGAGCGGAUCCCCAUGCAUAAGUUCAUGUUCUCAUCAUGAAGUAAAAAGCUUUUGUGAGGAACAUGAUGUAGAUGGUUGUUUCUGUCCUGAUGGCACAGUGUGGGAUGACUACAAUAACACAGGCUGCAUUUCAAGUAGUAAAUGUCAAUGCAAGUAUCAAGAUAAGCUCUAUGCUCCAGGAUCAAAGAUUUUAAAUGAUUGUGAAGAAUGCUCCUGUAAUGCAGGAAAAUGGACCUGCACGCACGGAAUAUGUCCCGAAGUGUGUUCCAUUGAAGGAGGAGCUCAUUUCAAAACAUUUGACGGAAAGCCAUUCAAGUUCCAUGGCAACUGUUUCUAUUUGCUGUCUAAGGCAAGGCACCAUGAAAUACUAUACACUAUUGUAGCCGAGCUGACUCCAUGCAAUGCUUAUUCACGAGAGACUUGUCUCAAAACCAUCCAGUUCUACACAGAUGACAAUACAAAUGUCUUGUCCAUCAGAGCUGACGGAUCUGUUUUAUUGAAUGAUCUCAAAAUAAGCCUCCCUCAAGUUACAGGAGGUUUUUCAGUUAUACAGCCCACAGAAUCAAAUGUCUUUGUCAAGACAAAAUUUGGACUCCAAAUGCAAAUCUACCUCCUACCACUGAUGCAGCUGUACAUUAGCAUGGAUAAUUCUGAUAAGCAUACAUUUGAAGGUCUUUGUGGUAACUUUAAUUAUAUAGAAGGAGAUGACUUCAAAACAUCUGCAGGUAUAGAAGAAUCGACAACAUCCGCCUUUGCCAACACCUGGAAAAUACAGUCUACCUGCCAAGACUCGGUAGAAAUAUUAACAGAUCCUUGCAGCUUCAGCAUUGAGACAAAAAUCUAUGCUGAGAAAUGGUGUUCUAUGUUAAAAGAUUCAGAUUCUCCUUUUUGGAAAUGCCAUUUUGCAGUCGACCCAGUUGAAUAUUACAAGAGGUGUGAGUAUGAUACCUGCAGCUGUAGUCAUAGCGAAGCCUGCAUGUGUGCAUCGCUGUCCUCAUAUGCCAGGGCUUGUGCUGAAAAAGGAAUUAUCUUGUGGGACUGGAGGAAAGGAAUCUGUGAUAAAGAGAUUCCCAGCUGCCCAACCUCACAGAUAUACUUGUAUAACAUCACUACUUGCCAGCCUACCUGUCGCUUCCUGGCAUUUGAAGAAAAAGAAUGUGACAGUGAAUUCAUCCCACUUGAUGGAUGUGGGUGCCCAGAUGGAAUGUAUAUCAAUGAAAAAGACAGUUGUGUUCCCAAAUCAGAGUGUUCUUGCUACCAUCAAGGAAUGUAUCUAAGACCCAAUGAGGUUUUCUACAGAAUGGGUGAACGAUGUUCCUGCCAUGAAGGAAAAAUUAACUGUGAUUCUUUUAUCAAUGAGACUUGUUCUGAUGGGAAAGUCUUCCUUGAUUGUAAAAGGGAAAAGAGAUCUCACAUUUCAAGGCACAGGAGCUGUCGGACCCUGAAUAUUGGACCAGUAGGAACAGGCUGCAUCUCUGGAUGUGUGUGCCCAGAUGGGCUGCUUGAUGAUGGGAAUGGAGGUUGUGUUCAUGAGAGCGCCUGCCCUUGCUCAUAUAACAGUCAAGUGUUUCAUCAUGGAUCUAGGCUCAUUGAGGAAUGCAAAUCCUGCACAUGCGAGAGUGGGCUUUGGUCAUGCAUACAUACACCUUGUUAUGGAUCAUGUGCCAUCUAUGGGAGUGGUCAUUAUAUUACAUUUGACAAGAAAUUCUAUGACUUUGAUGGAAGUUGUGAAUUUGUAGUUGCUCAGGACUACUGCGGCGACAGUGCAUCAAAUGGUACUUUUAGAAUAAUCACAGAGAAUAUACCUUGUGGCACCACUGGAGUAACCUGUUCAAAGUCUAUCAAGAUAUAUUUAGGGAAUACAGAACUGAAGUUGACAAAUAGCCACAUGGAGAAAAAGUUUGGAGAAUCUGAAACUGAAGUGGAAUAUAGAGUCCGUGAAGUGGGUCUUUACCUGAUAAUUCAUACAAGCAGUGAUAUUUCCCUCAUCUGGGACAAGAAGACCUCCUUAUUAAUCAGGCUGCCAUCUUCCUACAAGGGCAAAGUUUGUGGUCUGUGUGGAAAUUACGAUGAUAAUGCCAACAAUGACUUCCUGACCAGUCAGUUGAUACAAGCCAACAAUGUAAUGCCAUUUGGAAAUAGCUGGAAGCGUAGUAAUGAGUGCCCUGAUGCAGACAGCAUUCCCCAGCCAUGCCUGGCAUCUCCCCAUCGCAGAUCUUGGGCUGAAAAGAAGUGUGACAUUAUCACAAAUGAAGUUUUUCGAAGUUGCCAUAGCAAGGUGGAUCCAAAACCUUUCUAUGAUGCUUGUGUAAAUGAUGUCUGCUCCUGUGACACCGGUGGGGACUGUGAGUGCUUCUGCACUGCUGUAGCUGCCUAUGCUCAACUCUGCUCUAAAGCAGAUGUCUGUAUUCACUGGAGAACACCUGAAAUUUGUCCAAUAUUCUGUGACUACUAUAACAAGGAUGAGAGUGAAUGUAUGUGGCACUACUUUGCCUGUGGCCCACAGAAUAACCACAACCACCACAUCACCAAGUUCUGCCGCUCACCACCUGUCACACACCUGGAAGGUUGUUACCCAACUUGUCCAUCUGAACGUCCUCACUAUGAUGAAAUAAAUACAUCAUGUGUUGAGCAUUGUACCUGCUUUAUCAACAACAAUACUUACAGCAUUGGUCAGCGGAUACCUAAUCCUGAACCCUGUCAAAUAUGUGAAUGUGGUACUGACCUAAAGAAGCAUUGUCAAACAGACCCAGCAUGCUGCAUCAUGGGUACUUCAACACCACCAAUACCAACAAAUACCAUCAUUUCUACAUACACUUCAUCAGAUCUCUGUGUUCAUAGUCAAUGUAAAAAUGGAACUAUUAUUACAACCACCACUCUUUGUUCAACCUCAUCUGGAGAGAAAUUACAAGGAAGUGAAAGCAGAGAGAGGAAUGGAAAAUGCUACGACUAUGUAUGCGACAGCACUUGGCAGGCGACCAACCCGAAGGAAGUGACAUGUACACCAACUACACCAACAACAACAACCCCUACAACCACCACCACAUGUGCCUGCCAUCACGAGGGAAGAGAGUACCUGGCAGGGCACAAAAUUGGAGAAAGCCACAGCAGAGAAAGGGAUGGAAAAUGCUACCACUAUGUGUGCGACAGCACUUGUAAGAGACCAACCAGAACUGAAGUAGAAUGUACACCACCAACAACCACCCCUCCAACCACCACGACAUGUGCCUGUCAUCAUGAGGGAAGAAUGUAUCAGCCAGGAGAGAAAUUAGAAGGAAGUGAAAGAAGAGAGAGGAAUGGAAAAUGUUACCACUAUGUAUGUGACAUCACCUGCAGGCGACCAAUCCGAAGUGAAGAACCAUGCCCAACAACUACACCAACAACGACAACCACCACAUGUGCCUGCCAUCACGAGGGAAGAGAAUACCUGCCAGGGCACAAAAUCGGAGGAAGCCACAGCAGAGAAAGGGAUGGAAAAUGCUACCGCUAUGUGUGCGACAGCACUUGUAAGAGACCAACCAGAACUGAAGUGGAAUGUACACCACCAACAACAACCCCUCCAACCACCACAACAUGUGCCUGUCAUCAUGAGGGAAGAAUGUAUCAGCCAGGAGAGAAAUUACAAGGAAGUGAAAGCAGAGAGAGGAAUGGAAAAUGCUACGACUAUGUAUGCGACAGCACUUGCAGGCGACCAACCCGAAGGGAAGUGACAUGUACACCAACUACACCAACAACAACAACCCCUACAACCACCACCACAUGUGCCUGCCAUCACGAGGGAAGAGAGUACCUGGCAGGGCACAAAAUUGGAGAAAGCCACAGCAGAGAAAGGGAUGGAAAAUGCUACCACUAUGUGUGCGACAGCACUUGUAAGAGACCAACCAGAACUGAAGUAGAAUGUACACCACCAACAACCACCCCUCCAACCACCACGACAUGUGCCUGUCAUCAUGAGGGAAGAAUGUAUCAGCCAGGAGAGAAAUUAGAAGGAAGUGAAAGAAGAGAGAGGAAUGGAAAAUGUUACCACUAUGUAUGUGACAUCACCUGCAGGCGACCAAUCCGAAGUGAAGAACCAUGCCCAACAACUACACCAACAACGACAACCACCACAUGUGCCUGCCAUCACGAGGGAAGAGAAUACCUGCCAGGGCACAAAAUCGGAGGAAGCCACAGCAGAGAAAGGGAUGGAAAAUGCUACCGCUAUGUGUGCGACAGCACUUGUAAGAGACCAACCAGAACUGAAGUGGAAUGUACACCACCAACAACAACCCCUCCAACCACCACAACAUGUGCCUGUCAUCAUGAGGGAAGAAUGUAUCAGCCAGGAGAGAAAUUACAAGGAAGUGAAAGCAGAGAGAGGAAUGGAAAAUGCUACGACUAUGUAUGCGACAGCACUUGCAGGCGACCAACCCGAAGGGAAGUGACAUGUACACCAACUACACCAACAACAACAACCCCUACAACCACCACCACAUGUGCCUGCCAUCACGAGGGAAGAGAGUACCUGGCAGGGCACAAAAUUGGAGAAAGCCACAGCAGAGAAAGGGAUGGAAAAUGCUACCACUAUGUGUGCGACAGCACUUGUAAGAGACCAACCAGAACUGAAGUAGAAUGUACACCACCAACAACCACCCCUCCAACCACCACGACAUGUGCCUGUCAUCAUGAGGGAAGAAUGUAUCAGCCAGGAGAGAAAUUAGAAGGAAGUGAAAGAAGAGAGAGGAAUGGAAAAUGUUACCACUAUGUAUGUGACAUCACCUGCAGGCGACCAAUCCGAAGUGAAGAACCAUGCCCAACAACUACACCAACAACGACAACCACCACAUGUGCCUGCCAUCACGAGGGAAGAGAAUACCUGCCAGGGCACAAAAUCGGAGGAAGCCACAGCAGAGAAAGGGAUGGAAAAUGCUACCGCUAUGUGUGCGACAGCACUUGUAAGAGACCAACCAGAACUGAAGUGGAAUGUACACCACCAACAACAACCCCUCCAACCACCACAACAUGUGCCUGUCAUCAUGAGGGAAGAAUGUAUCAGCCAGGAGAGAAAUUACAAGGAAGUGAAAGCAGAGAGAGGAAUGGAAAAUGCUACGACUAUGUAUGCGACAGCACUUGCAGGCGACCAACCCGAAGGGAAGUGACAUGUACAUCAACUACACCAACAACAACAACCCCUACAACCACCACCACAUGUGCCUGCCAUCACGAGGGAAGAGAGUACCUGGCAGGGCACAAAAUUGGAGAAAGCCACAGCAGAGAAAGGGAUGGAAAAUGCUACCACUAUGUGUGCGACAGCACUUGUAAGAGACCAACCAGAACUGAAGUAGAAUGUACACCACCAACAACCACCCCUCCAACCACCACGACAUGUGCCUGUCAUCAUGAGGGAAGAAUGUAUCAGCCAGGAGAGAAAUUAGAAGGAAGUGAAAGAAGAGAGAGGAAUGGAAAAUGUUACCACUAUGUAUGUGACAUCACCUGCAGGCGACCAAUCCGAAGUGAAGAACCAUGCCCAACAACUACACCAACAACGACAACCACCACAUGUGCCUGCCAUCACGAGGGAAGAGAAUACCUGCCAGGGCACAAAAUCGGAGGAAGCCACAGCAGAGAAAGGGAUGGAAAAUGCUACCGCUAUGUGUGCGACAGCACUUGUAAGAGACCAACCAGAACUGAAGUGGAAUGUACACCACCAACAACAACCCCUCCAACCACCACAACAUGUGCCUGUCAUCAUGAGGGAAGAAUGUAUCAGCCAGGAGAGAAAUUACAAGGAAGUGAAAGCAGAGAGAGGAAUGGAAAAUGCUACGACUAUGUAUGCGACAGCACUUGCAGGCGACCAACCCGAAGGGAAGUGACAUGUACACCAACUACACCAACAACAACAACCCCUACAACCACCACCACAUGUGCCUGCCAUCACGAGGGAAGAGAGUACCUGGCAGGGCACAAAAUUGGAGAAAGCCACAGCAGAGAAAGGGAUGGAAAAUGCUACCACUAUGUGUGCGACAGCACUUGUAAGAGACCAACCAGAACUGAAGUAGAAUGUACACCACCAACAACCACCCCUCCAACCACCACGACAUGUGCCUGUCAUCAUGAGGGAAGAAUGUAUCAGCCAGGAGAGAAAUUAGAAGGAAGUGAAAGAAGAGAGAGGAAUGGAAAAUGUUACCACUAUGUAUGUGACAUCACCUGCAGGCGACCAAUCCGAAGUGAAGAACCAUGCCCAACAACUACACCAACAACGACAACCACCACAUGUGCCUGCCAUCACGAGGGAAGAGAAUACCUGCCAGGGCACAAAAUCGGAGGAAGCCACAGCAGAGAAAGGGAUGGAAAAUGCUACCGCUAUGUGUGCGACAGCACUUGUAAGAGACCAACCAGAACUGAAGUGGAAUGUACACCACCAACAACAACCCCUCCAACCACCACAACAUGUGCCUGUCAUCAUGAGGGAAGAAUGUAUCAGCCAGGAGAGAAAUUACAAGGAAGUGAAAGCAGAGAGAGGAAUGGAAAAUGCUACGACUAUGUAUGCGACAGCACUUGCAGGCGACCAACCCGAAGGGAAGUGACAUGUACACCAACUACACCAACAACAACAACCCCUACAACCACCACCACAUGUGCCUGCCAUCACGAGGGAAGAGAGUACCUGGCAGGGCACAAAAUUGGAGAAAGCCACAGCAGAGAAAGGGAUGGAAAAUGCUACCACUAUGUGUGCGACAGCACUUGUAAGAGACCAACCAGAACUGAAGUAGAAUGUACACCACCAACAACCACCCCUCCAACCACCACGACAUGUGCCUGUCAUCAUGAGGGAAGAAUGUAUCAGCCAGGAGAGAAAUUAGAAGGAAGUGAAAGAAGAGAGAGGAAUGGAAAAUGUUACCACUAUGUAUGUGACAUCACCUGCAGGCGACCAAUCCGAAGUGAAGAACCAUGCCCAACAACUACACCAACAACGACAACCACCACAUGUGCCUGCCAUCACGAGGGAAGAGAAUACCUGCCAGGGCACAAAAUCGGAGGAAGCCACAGCAGAGAAAGGGAUGGAAAAUGCUACCGCUAUGUGUGCGACAGCACUUGUAAGAGACCAACCAGAACUGAAGUGGAAUGUACACCACCAACAACAACCCCUCCAACCACCACAACAUGUGCCUGUCAUCAUGAGGGAAGAAUGUAUCAGCCAGGAGAGAAAUUACAAGGAAGUGAAAGCAGAGAGAGGAAUGGAAAAUGCUACGACUAUGUAUGCGACAGCACUUGCAGGCGACCAACCCGAAGGGAAGUGACAUGUACACCAACUACACCAACAACAACAACCCCUACAACCACCACCACAUGUGCCUGCCAUCACGAGGGAAGAGAGUACCUGGCAGGGCACAAAAUUGGAGAAAGCCACAGCAGAGAAAGGGAUGGAAAAUGCUACCACUAUGUGUGCGACAGCACUUGUAAGAGACCAACCAGAACUGAAGUAGAAUGUACACCACCAACAACCACCCCUCCAACCACCACGACAUGUGCCUGUCAUCAUGAGGGAAGAAUGUAUCAGCCAGGAGAGAAAUUAGAAGGAAGUGAAAGAAGAGAGAGGAAUGGAAAAUGUUACCACUAUGUAUGUGACAUCACCUGCAGGCGACCAAUCCGAAGUGAAGAACCAUGCCCAACAACUACACCAACAACGACAACCACCACAUGUGCCUGCCAUCACGAGGGAAGAGAAUACCUGCCAGGGCACAAAAUCGGAGGAAGCCACAGCAGAGAAAGGGAUGGAAAAUGCUACCGCUAUGUGUGCGACAGCACUUGUAAGAGACCAACCAGAACUGAAGUGGAAUGUACACCACCAACAACAACCCCUCCAACCACCACAACAUGUGCCUGUCAUCAUGAGGGAAGAAUGUAUCAGCCAGGAGAGAAAUUACAAGGAAGUGAAAGCAGAGAGAGGAAUGGAAAAUGCUACGACUAUGUAUGCGACAGCACUUGCAGGCGACCAACCCGAAGGGAAGUGACAUGUACACCAACUACACCAACAACAACAACCCCUACAACCACCACCACAUGUGCCUGCCAUCACGAGGGAAGAGAGUACCUGGCAGGGCACAAAAUUGGAGAAAGCCACAGCAGAGAAAGGGAUGGAAAAUGCUACCACUAUGUGUGCGACAGCACUUGUAAGAGACCAACCAGAACUGAAGUAGAAUGUACACCACCAACAACCACCCCUCCAACCACCACGACAUGUGCCUGUCAUCAUGAGGGAAGAAUGUAUCAGCCAGGAGAGAAAUUAGAAGGAAGUGAAAGAAGAGAGAGGAAUGGAAAAUGUUACCACUAUGUAUGUGACAUCACCUGCAGGCGACCAAUCCGAAGUGAAGAACCAUGCCCAACAACUACACCAACAAGUAAGUACUUGCCACUAAACAAGAGACAUGCUAACACUGAGGGAGAUUUCAAGAUGCUGGCAGUAGAGAUAAAAGUCAGAUCUAUCCAAUCACCCGGAACAGUUUUGAAACAAAAAUAGAAGAGGCC